AUGACAUUGUCUACCCAAAUUCCUCACCUUCGAAGCACGGAGUCCGCGACGCAGCUUAUCGUUCAUGGCAAGCCGUUCCUCGCCCUUGCUGCUGAGCUGCAGAACUCUUCUAUGACCUCGGCUGAAUUCAUGGAUUCUGUUUGGCAGAAGCUUGUUGAUACGAAUGUCAAUACCGUGCUUGGGUGUGUCACCUGGGAAGAUAUCGAGCCUGUGGAGGACCAGUUCCACUUCGCCGAGCUAGAUAAGGUUAUCCUAGGUGCGAGGAAGCAUGGGCUGCAUCUUGUUCUGUUAUGGUUUGGUUCAUUCAAGAACGGCAUCUCGACUUAUGUCCCGCCAUGGGUCAAGACAAACACCAAAAGAUUCCCUCGAGCAAAGCUGCGACAAGCCGGCGGCGUGCUACAAACCGGUGACGUCCUAUCAAUUUUCCACGAGGAAGGUCCGAAGGCAGACGCAAAGGCAUUCGGACGCUUUCUGAGCCAUCUAAAAGAGGUGGACAGUGCACACUCGACAGUGCUCAUGGUACAGGUCGAGAAUGAGACAGGUCUACUCGGUGAUUCUCGAGACGGAUCCGCUGCCGCAGAGAAGCGUUUCAAUGAACCAGUCCCACUGGACCUCCUGCACUUCCUGGCGCAAGAUUGGGAUAAUCUCCACACAGACCUAAAGGCAAAUUUAACACACCUCAAAUCACAAACGAACCCAUCUGGAACAUGGACCCAGGUCUUUGGUCAAGGACCACGCACGGACGAGCUCUUCAUGGCUUAUCACUACGCCAAAUACGUCAACCAAGUCGCUGCAACUGGUAAACAAGCAUAUCCACUCCCACUUUACACAAACGUCUGGCAAAACUAUGUAGACGUCGACGGCGACAACGAUUUUCCCGUUGUAGUCGGCGGAGGCGGCAACCCAGGCGAUUACCCGUCGGGAGGAGGCACUAGCAACGUCCUCGAUAUCUGGCAACAGUUUGCUCCGUCAUUGGACUUCAUCGCGCCCGAUGUCUAUCUGAAUGAUUACAGUAGUUCCUGUCGCAAGUACCGCCACCGGAAUCAGCCACUGUUUAUCCCCGAGCAGCGGCGUGAUGAGUACGGUGCGAGACGUAUCUGGGUGGCUUAUGGUUCGUAUCAGGCUAUGGGUGUGUCCCCCUUUGGGAUUGACACGCAAGUGCCCGCUACAAAUCCAUUCACUAGGCAUUACGGCCUGCUACAGUCUGUAUCUCCGUUUGUGCUUGAGGCGCAGACUCGUCCUGACUCUUCUGUUGGGUUCUACUUUGAUGAAAUCUCGGGAGACGGGGGCAGUGCUGACUCCUCGAAGCCCGUAGUCAGGUGCUGGGGUGGAUAUGAGAUCACUAUCGAGCGGUGCUUUGUCUUUGGGAAGCCUGGUCUUGGUGCUGGGAUGGUGAUCCAUCUUGGUGAAGCACGGUUUCUGUUAAUUGGGUGGGGGUUCCAGGUGCGGGCAAGGGCGUUAUCGCCGACGACCAGUUUCACGGGAUUUCUGCGCUUCCGGGAAAAGGUGGUGAACAAAGAAACGGGGGAACUGCGUCCGCUGCGGGUGUUGAACGGAGAUGAGACGCGCAGUGGGAUCUUUGCUAUGAUGCCCAAUGAAGAUCCGGACUACGGCGGCUUCCCAAUUUGUGUGACCGUGCCUGCUCAUACCAUGAUUGCCGAGUUGGAGGUGUACUCGAUUGAGAAGGUGGAUGAUGUGUAA